AUGAAUCGAUUAAGUCAAAUCCCCCAAUUUUACGGAACAAAAAGAAAAAUUAAAAUUCUUCUUUUCUUUCACCUCUCCUUUCCGUUCCUCUUUCUCUCCCUAUAUCUUCUUGUUUCAUUAUCUCUCUCUCUCUCUCUCUCUCUCUCUCUCUCUCUCUCUUUGUUUCUGUCAUUCUCUCUACCAACACUUCUCUCCCCAUCCCGACUUUCUUCUUCUCCUCUGUUCCCCAUCACUGGCCUAUUUCCUCCCCCCUCCACUCUCUCUGUCUCUCUCUCUGUCUCUCUCUCUCUCUCUCUCUCUCUCACUCUCUCUCUCACACACACACUCUUUUCUGUCUACAUCAUCUCUCUCCCUAAAUCUUCUCUCUUCUCAUCUUUCUCUUCCCUGGUAACCCAAUCUCUAUUUCCUCUUUUUCUUCUAUUCGCCUCUUACCCCCCUUUCUCUCUCAAUUUCCUUUUUCCUUGUCUGGCCCUCCUUCUCUCUCCUCUUCUUUCUUGCCCAUACUCUCCCUCCUUUCUCCCGUCCACUUUCUUUCCACGCCCCCUCUUUCUCAACCACCUUUUUCUCUUUUUUUCUUUCUUUCUUUCUUUCUUUCUUUCUUUCUUUCUUUCUUUCUGA